AUGAUUUCUAGAAUUUUAUACUAUGUUAUCCCUCGGGUGUCCAAAAACUUUGAAUGGACCAAGCUCGGAAUGGAAGAUCCGUAUUUCGAACACAUCCCGGUUGUUACCGAUACAUAUGGCAAUGUGAGAAAAUACAGAAGGAUUAAACGAAGGAUUCCGGAGGGAAUCUCAGAGAAUGACCUGAGAAUAUUGCAGUCAUUCAGACAACAGGCUUAUCGAUACGAUUAUUGGUUUUCUAUUUGGCGGAUAUCAUUUGGUUGGAAUAGUCUUGCCAGGUUUAUACCCAUGUUAGGUCCCUUCAUCACUGCAUACUGGUCGUUAUCGUUACUAUUAUCCACCUGGAAGUUGGAUGGUGGGUUUCCUUGGCAAAUGCAACUUUUGUUUGUUGUUAAUUUCGCUAUUGAUUUUUUCAUUGGAUCAAUUCCCUUUGUCGGAUUGGUAUUUGAAAUCGGAUAUAAGGCUAAUUCUCGGAAUUGUCUUCUUUUGGAAAAGCAUUUGAUAAAGGUGGGCCAAAGGAACCAGAACAUGACAAUAGAAGAUGAAAGUGAAGACGAGCGGGAAUGGCAGGAACUUCGGAUUUUAGAGAACCUAGAAAACGAAAACGCAAUCAACACCAUAGAAUCAGAACAGCAUCCAAAAAGCUCUAUCGCAAUUGAUGAACAAACAUCAGAACAUGUAUUGGAUCUACUUCACAAAGGCACUCCUUCCAGGGAAACAGAGACAUCAACUAUUGCGUCUUCAGUAACAGCUCCUUCAACGGCAAUUGACACUUCCGUGGCCACCGUUCCUUCAAUAACUGUUACCUCCCUGGUCGCUUUAGAUGAGCCAGAGCCCGACAGCCUCAGAAAGAGAGGAGAACAACCCUCAAAGGUUCUAAAUGAUGUUUGA